AUCUGUCCCGAAAACGUAGCAAUUUUCUUCCACGGGAAAAAAUUGUGAGACCCACAAACAAGACAGCAGAAAGACAGUUGUGAACGGCACAAGACAGACAUGAACAUCCAUUCUUCCUGGCACCAGGCAAAUCCAAACAGUCCCCUAUGUUUACUGUUUUUUUUUUUUUUUUAAUUGGCUUGCCAGACUAAGAAUACAUAUUGAUGAGCUAAAAGUUACUUACGGGGUUGGGGAUUUAGCUCAGUGGUAGAGUGAGGUCCUGGGUUCAGUCCUCAGCUCUGGGGAGGGGGAAAAUAAAAGUUUCUUAGGAAGUGGAACUGGUCCUCCCCACCCCACGCUCCCUCUUGGCUAUUUCAAUCAUUUAGAAGGCCAGCGGCAGUCUCACUGAGAACUUGAAAACAGGGUACCAGUGCAGGGCGUCACAUCAAGGAGACACAAAAACAGGAUUUCCAGCUGAAUUUACAUUUUUGAUAAAAUGUGAAUGUUUCAGUAAUGUCCCUCGCACCACUUGAGAAAUAUUGUUUUAGAUGGCUUUUCUCUGAAAUUCACCAGCGGGGUCCCCCAUGCCCUGCAGGCCUGGCUGGCUGCCCAUCUCCUACACAGGCCUAGAGGCCCAGGGCAGGUUGAAAACCCCGGACCGUAGUCCCGGCCGCGCCCCUGAUUGGCCAGCGCGCCCGCCCGGCCCGGCGUCACAGCUCCCGCAGCCCCGCGGCUUCGGCCUCCUCCGAGCCCGGGUCGGCGCGAUCGGCGUCGGGGGCGGGCGCCGGCGAGGUUGCAGCGGCCGCCCAGCGGAUCAAGUUCCCCGUCACGCGUGGGUGUGCGCGCCGGGCCCGAGCCUCAGGCGGCCGCUACUGCGCAGAAGAGCGCGGCGGAGUUCCACUUUAGUUCGUGUUUCUAAUUGUUACAGAGAACACCGAGCUUUGAAAACAAUGCUGGAAACCAUAGACAGAAACCGGGCCCUGCAGGCAGCAGAGCGCUUGCAAGCCAAGCUAAAGGAACGUGGGGAUGUAGCCAAUGAAGACAACCUGAGCCUUCUGAAGUCAGUCCUUCAGAGCCCACUCUUCAGUCAGAUUCUGAACCUGCAGACUUCCCUACAGCAGCUCAAAGACCAGGUGAACAUCGUGACUUUGUCAGCUGCAAGCCCUGACCCUGCCCACAGUCCUCAUCUCAGCUCUGCUGUAGUUCCUGCUCUGCAAACCGAGUCAUUUCUGUUAGCUCCGAAUAAUGGGAAUCUGGAAGCACUUUCAGGACUUGGUACCCCACCCACUAAUGGGAAGCCUGCCUGUGAUGAAUUUGAUCAGCGCAUUGAAAAUAUGGCCCAGGGUCGCCAUUUGGAAAUUUUUGAGCUCCUCAAACCUGCAUGUGGAGGCCUUGGAUUUAGUGUUGUGGGACUCAGAAGUGAAAACAGGGGAGAGCUGGGGAUAUUUGUGCAAGAGAUACAGGAGGGCAGCGUGGCUCACAGAGAUGGAAGACUGAAGGAGACGGACCAGAUCCUCGCUAUCAAUGGCCAGACACUGGAUCAGACCAUCACACACCAGCAGGCCAUCAGCAUCCUGCAGAAGGCCACAGACAGUGUGCAGCUGGUCAUCGCCAGAGGCCCCUUGCCUCCACGUGGCAGUCCUGGAGUUUCUCGCUCUCCGUCUGCAGCUAGCACAGUGUCAGCCCACUCUAGUCCAGUUCACUGGCAGCAUGUAGAAACCAUUGAACUAGUGAACGAUGGAUCUGGUCUAGGAUUUGGCAUUAUCGGGGGGAAAGCAACUGGUGUAAUAGUCAAGACCAUUCUGCCUGGAGGAGUGGCCGAUCAGCAUGGGCGAUUAUGCAGUGGAGACCACAUUCUAAAGAUUGGUGACACAGACCUGGCAGGAAUGAGCAGUGAGCAAGUGGCCCAAGUCCUCAGGCAGUGUGGAAACAGAGUUAAGCUGGUGAUUGCAAGAGGUGCUGUGGAAGAAACUGCUCAGCCUUCCUCUUCAGCCAUCACCCUCUCCUCCUCCCCACCAGAGACGCGGGUUGAUGCUUCUACUCAGAAAAAUGAAGAAAGCGAAACAUUUGAUGUGGAACUCACCAAAAAUGUUCAAGGAUUAGGAAUUACCAUUGCUGGUUAUAUUGGAGAUAAAAAAUUAGAACCUUCAGGAAUCUUUGUAAAGAGCAUUACAAAAAGCAGUGCUGUUGAACAUGAUGGAAGAAUCCAAAUUGGAGACCAAAUUAUAGCAGUAGAUGGCACCAACCUUCAGGGUUUCACCAAUCAACAGGCAGUAGAAGUGUUAAGACAUACAGGACAGACCGUGCGCCUGACACUGAUGAGGAGAGGGACAAAGCAGGAAGCAGAGGCCACAGCAGGAGGCAAUACCACAAAAGAUGAGGACUUGCCACCUCUUACUACCUCUGUCAGCAAAGGCUCUCACUGCAUAUGCCCAAGCUGUCAGUCUUCUGAAAAUAAUGAAAAAGAUGAAGAUUCUUUAUCUUUGAGGAGAAAUACCAGCAUAUUACCAAUUGAAGAAGAAGGGUAUCCAUUGCUGUUAACUGAGUUAGAGGAUGCAGAAGACAUACGGCAACAAGAGGCUGCCCUGUUGACUAAGUGGCAGAGGACAAUGGGAGUUAACUAUGAAGUAGUGGUGGCCCAGGUGAGCAAGUUUAGUGAGAGCAGCGGACUGGGGAUAAGCCUGGAAGCUGCAGGUGGACAUCACUUCAUCCGCUCUGUUCUGCCAGAGGGUCCUGUGGGGCACUGUGGGAAGCUCUUCAGUGGAGAUGAGCUGUUAGAGGUGAAUGGCAUAAAUUUGCUUGGGGAAAGUCAUCAAGAUGUGGUCAAUAUUUUAAAAGAAUUGCCUAUAGAUGUGACAAUGGUGUGCUGUCGUCGAACUGUGCCACCUGCCACCCCAUCAGAAUUUGAUAGUCUGGACUUCAGUGAUAUUGAGCUAACAGAAAAGCCUCAUAUAGAUCUGGGUGAGUUCAUCGGUUCCUCAGAGACGGAGGAUCCCAUGCUGGCGAUGAUGCCUGAGGUGGGUCAGAAUGCAGAGGAGGUUCAAGCUCCAUUGGCCAUGUGGGAGGCUGGCGUUCAGUGCAUAGAACUGGGCAAAGGGAGCAGAGGCCUGGGCUUCAGCAUUUUAGAUUAUCAGGACCCCAUUGAUCCUGCAAGCACUGUGAUAGUAAUCCGUUCUUUGGUGCCUGGUGGCGUCGCUGAAAAAGAUGGCCGACUUCUUCCUGGAGACCGCCUGAUGUUUGUCAAUGACAUUAACUUGGAGAACAGCAGUCUUGAAGAGGCUGUGGAAGCUCUGAAGGGAGCGCCCUCGGGCACCGUGAGGAUUGGGGUGGCCAAGCCUUUGCCUCUUUCUCCAGAAGAAGGUUAUGUUUCUGCCAAGGAGGAUACCUUUCUCUGCCCACCGCAGUCCUGCAAGGAGCCAGGGCUGCCUGACAAAGCCCUCUUCAGGGCCAGCUUGGCUCUGGUAGAUGCACCUGAUCCUGAAUCAGUAGAAGAAUCAAGAUUUGAGUCUCAGUACUCUCCUGAUAAUGACAGUGUCUACUCCACCCAAGCAUCCAUUUUAUCUCAUCAUGGAAGUGCUUGUAGCGAUGGUCUGAACUUUAGCUCCUCCCUUCCAUCAUCACCUCCCAAGGAUGUCACUGAAAAUUCUGAUUCAGUGCUCAGCCUGCAUUUGCCCUUGGAAGAGCUCUAUGCCCAGAACCUCCUGCAGACCCAGGACGCGGGUUCUUCCAUAGAUCUGAGCACGGGGGCUGAUUCUGCCUUUUCCGUCACUGAUUACAUGCCUGCAAAUGCUGUCGGUCAAAACUACAGAUGUGAAAACAUGGCAGCUUGGACCCCACCUCAGUUAACCAGCGAAGUUACACACAGCGCCCAAGUAGCUUCUCCUGCACUGCCGGAUUCAACGGGACAGGGUUCAGAGUAUUUGGCUGAACAGACUUCUCUGGCCUCUAAUGCUGAGUGCGCCAUCCUACACACCAUGUCCAAAGAAGCUUUUGAGAGGACUAUUACUAUAGCAAAAGGAAAUUCCAGUCUCGGGAUGACAGUGAGUGCUAAUAAAGAUGGUUUGGGGGUGAUUGUUCGAAGCAUUAUUCAUGGAGGUGCCAUUAGUCGAGAUGGCCGGAUUGCCGUUGGUGACUGCAUUUUGUCCAUUAAUGAAGAAUCAACUGUCAGUUUAACCAACGCCCAGGCCCGAGCCAUGCUAAGAAGACAUUCUCUUGUUGGGCCUGACAUAAAAUUUUCUGCAGCACCUGCUGACGAUCGAGCCCCCUUUUAUGUAAUUACUUACGUGCCUGCAGAAUACUUGGAGGAGUUCAGAGUAAGUUUCGGUCACCAAUCUGGAGGAAUAAUGGCACUGGACAUUUUUUCUUCAUACACUGGCAGAGACAUCCCAGAACUACCAGAGAGAGAAGAAGGAGAAGGGGAAGAGAGUGAGCUACAGAAUGCCACAGGCAGUGGUUGGAACCAGCCCCGGAGGGUUGAACUUUGGCGAGAACCAAGCAAAUCCUUGGGCAUCAGCAUCGUCGGUGGCCGAGGGAUGGGGAGCCGCUUGAGCAAUGGUGAGGUGAUGAGAGGCAUCUUCAUCAAGCAUGUUCUCGAAGACAGUCCAGCUGGCAGAAAUGGGACCUUGAAACCUGGAGACAGAAUAGUUGAGGUGGAUGGGAUGGACCUCAGAGAUGCAAGCCAUGAACAAGCUGUGGAAGCCAUUCGGAAAGCAGGCAACCCUGUAGUGUUUAUGGUACAGAGCAUUAUAAACAGACCAAGGAAAUCCCCUUUGCCUUCCUUGCUGCACAACCUUUACCCUAAGCACAACUUCAGCAGCACUAACCCAUUUGCUGACUCUCUCCAGCUCACCGCUGACAAGGAAUUGCAGAACUCAAGUACAGUCAUCUUCCAUUGGUCCUCAUGUAACCCUUUUGCUCCCACACCAUUUAAGGCACCCAGUCAGUCAGAAUCAGAGUCGGACAAGGCACCCCUGUGCGACGCUCCUCUGCCCUCGCCUAAAGCAUUUUCGGAAACCAGUAGUGACCAUGCACAGCUUGCAAGCACCAUGGCAGAAGAAGCAGACAAAGAAGAUGAGUUUGGUUACAGCUGGAAAAAUAUCAGAGAGCGUUAUGGAACCCUAACAGGCCAGCUCCACAUGAUUGAACUGGAGAAAGGUCGUGGUGGUUUGGGUCUGAGUCUUGCUGGGAAUAAAGACCGAACCAGAAUGAGUGUCUUUAUCGUGGGAAUCGACCCAAAUGGAGCAGCAGGAAGAGAUGGCCGACUGCAGAUUGCCGACGAGCUUCUAGAAAUCAAUGGCCAAAUUUUGUAUGGAAGAAGUCAUCAGAAUGCCUCAUCCAUCAUUAAAUGUGCCCCAUCUAAAGUGAAAAUAAUCUUUAUCAGAAAUAAAGAUGCAGUGAGUCAGAUGGCUGUGUGUCCUGGAAAUCCAGUGGAACCUUUGCCUUCUACCUCAGAAAAUCUUCAAAAUAAGGAGGAGGAACCAAAUUUUACUACUUUUGAUGGAGCUGUGGACCUCAGUUCAUUUACAAAUGUAUACCAUCUGGAGCUUCCCAAGGAUCAAGGGGGUUUGGGCAUUGCUAUCAGUGAGGAAGACACGCGCAAUGGAGUCGUCGUAAAGAGUCUGACGGAGCAUGGGGGAGCAGCCGAGGAUGGACGCCUCAAAGUUGGAGAUCAGAUCUUGGCUGUAGAUGAUGAAGUUGUCUUUGGCUAUCCUGUUGAAAAGUUUAUUAACCUUCUGAAGACAGCAAAGACAACCGUAAAACUGACCAUUCGAGCUGAUAAUCCAGGUUCCCAGGCUGUUCCUGCACCAACUACUGCAGCCAGUGGAGAAAGAAGAAACAGCUCCCAGUCUCCUGCCAUCCCAGAGCUGGACCCAGAACCCAUCAGAAGUACAAGCAGGUCUUCAACACCAGCAGUCUUUGCCUCUGAUCCUACCGCCUGCCCCAUCAUCCCUGGCUGUGAAACAACAAUUGAGAUUUCCAAGGGGCGAACAGGGCUGGGCCUGAGCAUUGUUGGGGGGUCAGACACACUGCUGGGUGCCAUCAUUAUCCAUGAAGUUUAUGAAGAAGGAGCAGCAUGUAAAGAUGGAAGACUGUGGGCUGGAGACCAGAUUUUAGAGGUGAAUGGGAUUGACUUAAGAAAGGCCACACACGAUGAAGCCAUCAAUGUCCUGAGGCAGACGCCACAGAGAGUGCGGCUGACACUCUACCGAGAUGAGGCCCCUUACAAAGAGGAGGAUGUGUGUGAUGCACUCACUGUAGAGCUGCAGAAGAGGCCUGGAAAAGGCCUGGGAUUGAGUAUUGUUGGCAAAAGAAACGACACUGGAGUAUUUGUGUCGGAUAUCGUCAAGGGAGGAAUUGCAGAUGCUGAUGGGAGAUUGAUGCAGGGAGACCAGAUACUAAUGGUGAAUGGGGAGGAUGUCCGGAAUGCUACCCAGGAAGCAGUGGCUGCUCUGCUGAAGUGUUCCCUGGGCACAGUAACCCUGGAAGUGGGAAGACUCAAAGCUGGUCCAUUCCACUCAGAGAGGAGGCCGUCUCAAAGCAGCCAGAUGAGUGAAGGCAGCCUAUCAUCAUUCAGUCUUCCCCUUCCUGGAAUAAACUCAUCCGAAUCCUUGGAAAGUAACUCAAAGAAGAAUGUGUUAGCAUCUGAAAUACAAGGAUUAAGAACAGUUGAAAUAAAAAAGGGACCUACGGACUCUUUGGGGAUCAGCAUUGCUGGAGGCGUUCGCAGCCCGCUUGGUGAUGUUCCUAUAUUUAUUGCAAUGAUGCACCCAAAUGGUGUUGCCGCUCAAACCCAGAAACUCAGAGUUGGGGAUAGGAUUGUCACUAUCUGCGGCACGUCCACGGAGGGGAUGACUCACACACAGGCAGUUAACUUACUGAAAAGUGCUUCUGGCACCAUUGAAAUGCAGGUGGUUGCUGGAGGAGAUGUGAGUGUGGUCACCGGUCAUCAGCAGGACCUUGCCAAUCCUGCUCUUUCUUUUACUGGACUGACAUCAAGCAGCAUAUUUCAGGAUGAUUUGGGACCUUCGCAGUGUAAGUCUGUAACACUAGACCGAGGACCAGAUGGCUUAGGCUUCAGUAUAGUGGGAGGAUAUGGCAGCCCUCACGGAGACUUACCCAUUUAUGUUAAAACAGUGUUUGCAAAGGGAGCAGCCUCAGAAGAUGGACGUCUGAAGAGGGGUGAUCAGAUCAUUGCUGUCAAUGGGCAGAGCCUAGAAGGGGUAACCCAUGAAGAAGCCGUUGCCAUCCUUAAGCGGACAAAAGGCACAGUCACGCUGAUGGUUAUCUCCUGAACAGGACCCAUCCCCAUGCUUGCUCACCACCCACCUGUAAGGAGACUGAAACUGGCCUUGUGAAUGCCUUCCUGUGUUGUGUUCAUUGAAGGAAACUGUGGGGGGAAAGGUAAUGUUUAAAUGAUUUUCUUACUGACAACUUAGCAUCAUUUUUCCUUUCCCUUCACAUUUUAUGAAUCUAAACCCAAAGAGAAAGAAUAUUUGCAUAUGUAAAUCUCAUUUUUUUUUAUUUUGAGGCUAUGUAAUGUUUUAUAAUCAUAUGGACAAAAAUUAUUAUAUGCUCAUCUGGCUAGUGACUAUAUGGCUUAAGAAAAUGAGGAUUAAAAAGUAAAAAUAGGCAGUAAAGAUCGACUGGGUGAGUUUUUUAAAAGUUCCUCAAUCUGCUGUCCAUUUCCUCCUCCUACCCCAUACUUUAAAAGUGUUCAUGGAAAUCUUAAAUACUCUUAGUAUGUUUUAAUUGUGAGCAUUGUAAGAAAUUGCAUCCCUCUAACUGUAAGAUACAUUUUCCAGCUAAAAUUGUUUAGCAGUGUUCCUAAGCUUUCUAAAAAAUCCCAUUUGAUGCAUAUGUUGGUGUUACUUUUCAUUUUUUGGCCUGAUAGAUUUUCAUGUUGUUACAAGUAAACUGGUGAUCCGUUUGCUCCGUGUUGGCUGUGGCUCUUCAUGCUACACGGAGGACACAGGACGAUCUCAGACUCUUAGAUGGCCGAAGGUAACAACUGAUACAUCACUGAAAAUAUGUUAAUAUACUGUACUAUUAUUUUUCAUUUAGUUUUAAUCUUAAUGACAGAAGAGAAAAGAAAUGUGUUAGUAAUUAUUUUGGUUGUGUGCUGUUAGUAAGCUGACAGAAAAAUUAAGGGUAACGUAACUUCAUUUCUUUGCCUUGUUAUUAACAUCUUACAAUACAAUAGUUUAAGACUAAGGGAAACAGAUGGAGCUGCUUAUUGAGACAACUGGUGAGGAGUUAUCGUGUGUUCAAUCCCAUUUUAGAGCGUGAAACUCCUACAUUAGAAUAUAUAAAGUCAUUUUAAAUAUUGUCUAUAUUUGUAACAGAAGUAGUAUACAGAUACAGCACCUUGUGUAAAUGCAGAAUUAAAGUGAAUAAAGAAGUUUCAGUGGUGUACAAAAA